AUGGCCAUGGACACAAUAUCCUGGAAUCGCUUCCCUGCAGAGAUUCAGAACAUGAUUGUUGGUCUGCUCCCAUUUCUCGGCGGGAAGUACAGUCAGCUUGCGGCUGUUUCCCCAGCUUGGCGAUCAAUGAUCGAGCCGCACAACUUUGCCGAGAUCAGUCUGACAGUACCGCGCCUUACCGACCCUGACUCUCAAGCCAUUCUCGCCCGAAAAAGAAACCACAUUCGUUAUAUCUGGUUUCGGGUGGAACUGAAGCAAUGGGGCUUGGACGAAGUUGACAACCAAUUCAUCGUGGACGCGUUUCAAAAAUUAUUCACAACACUGAGCGCAUGGGAGCCUCGUGGUGACUUGGUCCUCGAUAUUAGUGUCUACUCGCCUAGUGACAACCAGCACUGGUUCAAGUACCUCAGCUUCUCCUCGGACACCGACAUAGGUGUGCCAUCUCAUCAUGGACACGAACGCGGAGCCAUCGCGAAUGACCCAGCCCAUGGCUGGGUUACCAGACAGCAUAUCCAUGCUCCGGAGAAACCGGCCGUCGAGCACGUAUUUGACGAGAUCAUGGGCAGGGGACCUUUCCCUGAUUAUAAAGCUGAGAUGCGGUGGUGGCGGAGUCUCCCCUCUGUGCCUGUCGCUGGGGUCGUGCUCUUUCGCCAACAGACUCGCCGACGAUGGAAUUCACUCGCAAUCACGAACAUGCUUACGCGGUUCCCAAACAUAAAGGAAAUUUGUUAUGAACCCUGGAGAGAAUUGGGUGAUAUGAAAAUCCUGACCGAUGAAUGGAACCAAAAGCUCAUCCAGAGUUUCCCCCAGAGGGGAUCAUUACGCAAGUUAAUAAUAUUCGAGAACUUCGAUCAGUCUUACGCAGAAAUUUACCAGGCUCCCGCUAUUAGGGUGCCAAGCCGAGCUGUGAGCGAGAGGCUUGCUCGCACAAGCCUACACCUUGAGAUACUAUCCGCCUCCUUUAUGGUCGAUGCCAGUCGCUUCUUCGCAGCGCCUCAGAUUCAGGAUUCAUGGACGUGGGGUAAACUUACUUCACUGGCGCUGACUUCAAACGUCCUCACUGGAGAUGCAGACCCACUGCAUGUUGAUGAAAUGCUUCAAAAUGCUGCCGCCGCUGCAUCCAAGAUGCCGAGACUUAACAUAAUGGAGUUGUGGAACGGCAAAAAAGGUGUAGCGAUGCUCUUUCGCUACAAGAGGGCGCGAGAAGAUGGGCAGCCACCUAUCAUUACUAUACGGGGAACAUCAGAGCUUGCUCUAGGGGCUGGAGUUGUGGAAGCUUGGGAUAUGGUUGCUUACCAGCACUGCCAUAGCAAGGUCGUCAUACAAACCUCCUCGAUCGAUCCGAAGGGGAUUCGAUCCCACGGUGAUGCUAUCUACCAGCUGGGACUUCUAACUGAGGUCACUAGACCUGUCUCGCUACGGCAGAUCAUCGACGAAAAUUCGGUUUCACGCUUGAGACCAUCACCACGAUCAGCAUAUCCAGGAUUAUCAGCAUGCAGAAGCUAUUGUGUGGCACUCAAAACUUGGUUCUCAUAA